GGAAACUCUUGUCAAUCACAUUGAUACGUGCACAUACAAACACAUUGACACAUACACACACAGCUGUUGACAAAGUUGUUGACUGUAUUUUCUGUCAUAUCACGCCGAAAAUUCAACAGAGGGGGAACGAGAGAACGAGAGAAGAGAGCAUGUUGUCAAGCGGCAGUGACAAAUUUUAUCCAACAAUGAAGUGCGAAAUGUGCCCGAAAAUAGUUGCAAACUUUGUGUUCGGUCUAUGCGAACGAUGCGUCGCCAUUUGGACCAGUCAACGGAACGUGGAGGAUUUGCACAUAACAAUGGACAAUGUGAAUGCGAUUCUCGUCGAAAUGGCGCAGGACAAAAAAUACUACGACGAUAUGGAUCAAACAUUUCGACGAUUUCUCGAAGAGCAGAUGCGACGACGUAAAAAGAAAGUUGAUCUCUUUCAGAAUAUGCGCGAGAACUUUCAAACAUCACUCAUAAUGACAAAUAAGCGCACAGUCUGCAGGUUACCCUUUAAAACGGAAGACAAUUAUUGGGAACUGAAUGAGUGCAAAUGCGAAAAACUUUUUGAAAUUCCGCCAGACGGGUUGCGAUCCAUCCACAGCGAAUAUAUUACGAAUUUCAACUAAA